GCUCAGCCCUACAUAAAAGGGAAAAUCCCCCCUAUUGUCUCAGAACCCUCUGUUGUGUGAGAGAGACGACAAGACCUGACCCAACUGCGGUCCCCUUGAUUCCAGAAAUUGUAUAAUUUCACAGAAGUUCCUCACAGAAUGUCCACAAAGGAGCAAGACCCAUCCAGAAGGGUGAAUCCGAAAUUAAUUGACAAGCCGAAGUCAAAGAUUACGGCUUCGCGUAAGCUCUCUCUGAAGAUCAUGUUGCUCACCAGGGCAAUGGAGCAGCUGGAACAGGAGAAGCAGGACAGGGAUGAGGAGAAAGAGCGCUACCUGGGAGAAAGACUGCCCCCCCUGCAGCUCUCUGGACUGUCAUUGGCUGAUCUACAGGACUUAUGCCGGCAGCUCCAUGCAAAGAUAGAAGUAGUGGAUGAGGAGCGAUAUGAUUGCGAGGCCAAAGUCAACAAGCACAACAAAGACAUCCAUGAGUUGAAGCUUAAGGUGCAGGACUUAGGAGGGAAGUUUAAAAAGCCUGCCCUGAGGAAGGUGAGGGUAUCUGCAGAUGAGAUGAUGAGAGCUCUGCUGGGCACCAAGCAUAAAGGAUCAAUGGACCUGAGGUCCAACCUCAAGUCGGUAAAGAAGGAAGACACCAACAAGGACAAAGACAAGGUGCUCACGGCUGAGGUGACCGACUGGAGGAAGAACGUGGAGGCCAUGUCUGGUAUGGAGGGCCGCAAGAAGAUGUUUGAUGCAUCCGGCGGCCAGUGAGCCUGGCUAUAACCCUGGGACGGGGAAGCAGAACAGGAUUUGGUCCAGGGAGGACAAAGUAACUGCGUAGUCCCAGAAAGUUAUCCUCCACAUACCCUAACACAGUAAAGUGAGGCAGCAGGGGGUUAAAUUGUGAAGAGCCGUUGCUAGAAGAUUUCGUUAAAGGGAUUUGCAGUUUUGUAGAACAUGUUGUGGACCUCUGUGAGAGUACUAAAAGAUAUUAACAGAGCCUCUGAUUUCUUUCAGUUACCAUUAACCAAAUAUGUUACUAUAACGGUUUGCUGCGACUAGGGAAGUCCAUAAUCGGAAACUCUUAUGAUCAGCAGAAGACCCUCCUCCAGAAAACUUUCCUCUUAAAAUACUAUACCACUGACGCUACCUAUAAGUCCAUGACAUAUUAGGAAUUGAUGUUGCUUACAAAGCACACAAAGAUGUGAACUACCCUGAACUCAGAGAAUUUACCUAAAAGGAGACAGUCAUGUACAAACUUAAUCGUAGUCCCCUUCUGAGUCAGAGACUGAUGCUGAUACACGUCGUCUUAAAGAAACUGGAAAGACUUGACAGUUUACAGUUGUCAAUGACCUAAUUAUCUACGACGGAUUGCUCACUCUCUCUGCUAAGCUCGAGCUCACUGGUACACCAACAUGAUUUAACCCCUCGCUGCGAUCCUCACACCUGACCUUGCCUUGUCAUUGGCUACUUAACCUAUUACACAGGGACAAUUUGCCAAGCCUUGAGCUCUGGGUGGAGCAUAUCUCAGUUUUGCUAUUUAUUAAUAGAAAAACAGAUGCGUUUUAUUUAUGACAAGACAUUUAGGCAGAAAUAAUAAAUGAUCGAAGAUUUUAACCGUCAUUGGUUCACAACAAUGUUUUAUUUUUAUGCUAGGGGAGUCAGUCAUCUAACAGAGGCACAAAUGACAGGUUGUAGCUGCUUAAAUGUGUUGAUCAACUGACACCACCAUUGUUGGGGGUUAAGGGAUACCAGGGAUUGUACAUAUGCUACUUUGUAAACUUAAAAUGGACAUUGUCCACAGGUGUGGGAAAAGCACUUUCGCACUGACCUCCAGUCAAAGGUUGCAUUCCAAUUCGGCAGUGUUUAACACCUCAUGAACCAUAUUAACCUCAUAUUACAGCAAUAUUCUGAAUGCCGACGCCUUGUGGCUAAAGGUGAUAUAAGGACAGUCUUACAACCCCUGUUAGAAAAUUUAAUAAGUCUUCUGAAGCAAAGGAAUUGGAGUGACGUUUUUCAUUUAAAUGGAAUUUAUGCCAACUAUACGAAGCAUUAUACCAAAGCUUGGUACACUGGACGGAAAUGCCAGAAAUACGACCGGUUUUUGUAAAUUUUACUGAACAUAUAAAACAACAACCUCUACCUAACAAGUUUGGAGAAGCAACUUCAACAUGUGGCAAGUUCAGUUUUCAGCAGGUGGUGACACCUGACCUGCCAUCUCAUCAGGUCCUUAGUCACCUUAUAUUUUUAGCUCAGUUGUUCUCAGAAUCUAAUCCAACCUCGGAAACAAAUACUAGGGCCAGAGCUAGGCAUUCACUUUGUUGGCCUGUGUGAAUCGUCUGGUGGUUGUCACCCAGACACAACUAUCCCGAGUAUGAGAGACACAUAGUCCAACAAUAGCCAGAGGCUGUCUGGUGUGAUGGAAGUGUUGACAGGUUUAGGACAGUCAAUGUGGUGUCAGGUUGGUAUAAUUCUUCAACCCUGGGCCCAGUAUCUAUUCAUAGAGUCCCAGAGCUGGCCUAUAUGGACCUUUAUAGGUUUUUGUGUCGGUACCAUUAGAUGAACUGACGAUGCCAACAGUGUUUGAGUGUUUUUCUGUAUUUCACAAGGGGUGUUUCCACUGGUAAGCUGGUUCUGGCUGUCCUUUCAAUAAUCUUGGAUCAGUAAAUGAAGUAGUGUUUUCCCCCUACAACCUGGAGGCCAGGAAUCGGAGGAUGAGAUUACAAUAUUGCAUCUACUAAUUUAGCGGAUUCUUUGAAUGUUUGUGGUUUAAUGUCAGUCAGAAUCAAUCAAAUGUAUUUUAUAAAGCACUUUUACAUUUGCUGUUGUUACAAAAUGUUUAUACAGCCUAAAACAUCCAAGAGAAAGCAACAGCAACAAGUCGGGUCGGAACCUAUAAACAAAUGAUAUUAUAUUUCAGAUGUAUUGCUAUGCUAUUUUUGCACAAUAUUGUUUUCAAUAUUGUUUUGUUAAGAGCGGUUUGUAAUUAAGAGGAAAAAAUACGCCUAGCCUACAUAUUGGAACAACAGAUAUGCCAGACACAUGCACACAUACACACACACACACACAUACAAACACAAUUUAAAACAAAAUAAGGAAGCUAAUAAUUAUCUGUGUCAAUAGUAUUCCUUUUUUAUUACAUUUGAAUAAAGGAAUUGGCCAGAACAUCUUUCAACAUGUAUUAUAAAAUGCAUCAGAUUCACAUCUGCAGUCCAUUGUUAGAGCCACAGGAGGGCAGCAAUUCAACAGUUGUAUUGAGGCCAAUAGCCUCCGUCGACAACACAGCGACCGCUUUUUCUCAAGCCUGAUGCCAAACCAAAAAUGUACUUUCCAUUAACCGCAGAUGAAAAUAUUUCUUCGACAUUCAUACAUUUACAGCCAUACAAGUGUCCGGUAAUACAGAGCAAAAACAUGGUAAAUGUAUUACCACGAAAGACAGUGUGUGUGUGCAGGCUAUGAGUGUGUGUGGGUUGACAGCGAGAGCAGAUGAUAUGCUGUACAUCAACACUGAUGACACGACGGCUUGGGUCACUUCCGCAAUGACCAAUCGAUUCAACGCAUGAUUUCCUGUGAGUCACUAUAGGUGACAUAGGAUGUUGAUCCGUGAGUCCGGAGCUCCCAUGUUCCAUUGUUCCUUCUGAUUCCCCAUGACAGUCAUGUGACUGGUGCUAGUCAAUCAGAGGGGAGGAUUCAUCCUUUUUGCGCCAAGUAUGAAAUCAUUGACUCACUUGGGUAUGCGUGCACUGUUGAUAUUGUGCAGCUUACCCUAACCUGUCCCUUGCCUGCUUUUCCACUGCGCAGUAAAAGCCAUCCACACCACCCCCACGUUCCAAGCCGAUUGAUGAAAAGCGCUGUGUGAUACAGUGCAGGCAGGCUUCCCUACAUUAUGAAAUUGUUUGGAACAGGACCGUCAACAUGGUUCGAGACAGGGGCAUCAAGCUCAUUACAGUGCACUUUCACCGCCCCGCAGUCCAGCGUGGCAUUUCAUCCGUAGCCUAACAAACCGCAUGUUUUCCCUAGUCGUAGUGGCGGGACCACAGAACGUAAUUACUGCGUGUGAUGUGCAUGUCCACCUUGCAUGACAAUACUGUGAUAAGUGGGGAAUGACAGGACAGUGUACGAAGCGUGUGGCAAUGACUGUUGGAUUUAGAAACACGUUAACCUCACCGCUCUGCAAAUAAUAAAAUGACAAAUGUGUGCAAUAACAAAAUUGGGUUUAGGGUUGGGUAAAGGGUUCAGGUUAGGUUAUUGGGAUUAGAGGCAAGUUAGGGACUUUUAGGGACCCCACAAUUAUAGACCUUCAUCGAACGUGUGCGUUUUUGCGUGUGCUUGAGUUCUCCACUAGGGUUGCAAACAGAAAGCAGAUUUCGACAGAAGAGUGAGGGAAAAGAAGUGAAGCCUGACAAUAAACAAUUACCUGCUGAUCUCCCAGGGCCCUUCAGUUAAUUUCACCCAUGGAAUCACACAAGAGGAGGGUAAAAUGUGGGAUUUUCUCUGCUGUGAUAGAACACAUCAGGGCAGACGGGAGUGUUGGUUUUGUGUGUGUAUUUGUGUGUGUGUGUGUGGUGAGCACACUUGAUUGAUGUCAUCAAUCUUUUCUCUCUUACCUCAAGUUACGAGGCCAGGGAAUAGUGGCAUUUAUAGACAGCUUCCCUGUUGUAAGAGCUACUUCUCUUGUCAUGAUAUUUGAACAGAAUGAGCAAUCCAAUACACACAUCUGCUCUGUCCAUCUCCAAAACUAACCAGGUCAACGUAGACUCCAAACAUAAGGUCAUCAUGUUAAACAAAGGUAAUUCAACUAAAGUAAAAAUAUAAAUAAAUAAAAAAUAACUCCAGUAUCAAACAACCCAAAGAUCAGUUACAAUCAUUUAUUGGGGCAUUUAGCAAAGUAAUUAACCAAAUUGCUCAUGCCUGUCAUAUUAUCUUCUGCUAAAACGUCAAUUUGAACAUUCUUGCAUAAUGUUGAGGCUCAACACAUGCUCCAAAUUGUAUUAAAAACCAAAUAUUUCACUGGGGUAUACGUAGUAAUGUUAAGACUAAAUUAUAAAGAUGCAUUUAUCAGACCUUUAUAGAGUAGGCUUAGUCAGCCAUGUUAAAGGUCUAAUUAUAUUCAAACCAGGUUAUGAAAACACCCGCUCACCCAAACGAGUUGGGAAUUCACAGCUGGUAUUUUGACCUAACACUCAAGAGGUUAACUGCUUCUUGUUUUGACUGAAGCUAAAUCAAUGUGCUGGUGUUUAAAUUGUAUUUCUCAUAGGCCUCAGGGUGGAGAGUUUGGCCAAUUUCUUGGCAAUUUACAGUAGGUGAGUGCUUACCCUAAUAUUAUUACUAAUUUUGUACUAUCAUACCAUACUGUAUAUGCUGUUUUUCAAACACAUUUAUCCACAACAUAAAUGCUAAUUUGACACAAAAGCACAUUUGACAUUAAUGCAAAUCAGACACAAUAUGAGGGUAAAUGGUAUUCACAAAAUAGUAAGAAAUUAUUUACCCCUUCACCAGCAUAAUGUAAUGUGAGCCAAAUAAAGGAUUUCUUUGGAAAACCAAAGAGGGGAAUAAAGAUGUUGUGUGUC